AUGCGGACACAGGCACGCUGUCACGUAUGUCUGAAAGGUCCAUUUCCUCUGAGCAGGCUAUAUCGUCACUUACGAACGGUCCACGACAUAUCACAGGAUGAAGUUAAAGAAGUGCAAAUUGCCAUAAGAAAAGCAAUGCACAAAGAAAAAGUGGAGCUGAAGUGUGAAUUCUGUGGUGGUACAUAUUAUUCAGAUAAAGGACUAAGUAAACAUAAGCGGGUCGUCCAUGGAGAGGCGCGAAGACCUGUGAAAUGUCCUGGAUGCGAGUUUUCUUCACAUACAGUGUUGGAACUAGCAAACCACUGUAGGAAUAAACACUCUGGGAAUGGAUUAUCAUUUAACCUAGAAACGCAGGACUUUAAAAAUUGGAACCUGUUUGCGAUGUGGUUAUCUAGUCGAGAGUCAGCUACUUAUUCAAAACUUUCUAUAAGAAGGACCUGGAAGCCUAAUGACGCAGUGAUGUAUUUUUAUGCCUGCAAUUAUUUCGGAGCCGAAAGUUGUAAACGUAAUAAGAAGGAAACGAAUGCAGUUACCUAUUGCCCGUGCUUCGUGCAGGUGUCUGUUCGUCCCGAUGCUACUGUUCAGGCCGUGGCUUGCUUCAGCCACUACGGCCAUCCGGUAAACUCUUUCUCAUCAAUUCUCAAGGAAAAUGAUGAGUUUGUGGAGGCGUCGAUUGCAGGGGUUGUCCCUGAAAAAGCAGCGUCGACUCAUCUGUUGGGAGAUAGAUGGAUGAAUGUAAUAAAACCAAAGGAAGAGCCACUGUUUGAAGCUCAUGAGCCGGUAACCCUCAGCGACUCACCUCAAACAUCUCAUGAAGAAUCUGAUCAAAGUGUUCUGUUUAUGAAAGUGGUCAAAGAUGAAGAUUCGGAAGAUCGGGCCAAAGAGACUUUCCACGUUUUGGAAAGGGUAGUUGCUAUGAUUUUGGAAUCGGGGCGAUCUCUGAUGAGAGAACGACGCUUCGAAGAAAUCGAACGUUUGAAUGGUAAUUUAUUUGCCAUUUACAAGAAUUUGCCGCCAAAUGUUAAUGGGUUACCAAGAUAA